CGAGCCUGCAUACCAUCUCAUUCUUACCUUGCCAUCAGAUUAAACAUACGUCAAUUAUGAAGGGUGUAGUCUUUGCAAGCGCCGGCGCUGAGCCCAAGGUCGUUGACGACCUUCAGAAGCCGUCUCCCGGGCCAGAUCAACUGCUUGUGAAGUCCAUUUGGGUCGCCAUCAACCCUGUUGAUACCUUCAUGGGCGCUUAUGGUCUUCUUGUGGUCGACUGGCCUCUUGUGCUUGGUGUCGACGCGGCCGGAAUCGUGGAGGAAGUGGGUAGUGAGGCAGCAUCCAAAUAUGGUUUCAAAGCAGGGGAUCCUGUGUUCGGCUGCACCAGACUUGGCAUGUCGGGAUAUGCUGCUGGUCAAGAGUACUUCUUGAUGGAUGCGCCUGUCACCAUACCCAAGCCAAAGAAUAUCUCCCUGCUUGAGGCUGUGACGUUGGGAGUGGGAAGUGAAACGGCUUGUCUGGCAUUGUUCGACAGUCUCGAUGUCCCUCUCCCUGACCCCAAAAACCUUCCUGGGCCUCAGGAUGAAUGGAUUAUCAUCUUGGGAGGCGCCAGCAGUGUCGGCAAAUGUGCAAUCCAACUGGCCAAGGCAAGUGGGUACAAAGUCGCUGCCUCUUGCUCAACCAAGUCGGCAGCUGAGGUGAAGGGCAUGGGCGCUGUGACCUUCGACUACAAGGAGCCCAUUGAGGACCAAGUCAAGGAGGUUGUGGGCAUCACUUCGGGCGAGAUUUCUCGGAUCUUUGACGCCGUUGCGGCAGAAGACCCGGUCACAGCCAAAGAAUUGUUCAAGGCAUCCAAGAGCGACAAGAGGCUCUUUGCGACCACAAAUGAUUGGAGUGGUAUUGGUGACUUUGAAGGAGCGAAAACCCAUGCCAUCAAACUUGGCGGCGUUGGUCGACCCGAGGCGGCAGAGCUGAACCAGAAGAUUGAGGCGUACGUUCCCGUCGUCGCUGCAUUGAUCGAGGCGGGCAAGCUGGUCCCGGCUGAAUAUGAAGUGAUCGGCACUGGUUUCGAGGCUGCUAUCAAAGCAUACGAACACCAGCGCUCUGGAGCUGGGGGAUCGCGAAAAGUCGUGUUCAAAGUUCAGGACGAGUAACAAUUAGCCGCUGCUCCGCAGGUACAGACCGACAAUCAUG